AUGUCGUCCAAAUCGCAAUUGACCUACGCUGCUCGCGCUACCACCCACCCCAAUCCGCUCGCCCGGAAGCUCUUCGAGGUCGCCGAGGCCAAGAAGAGUAACGUGACCGUAUCUGCCGAUGUGACCACCACCAAGGAACUCCUUGAGCUCGCCGACCGACUGGGUCCCUACAUCGCCGUCAUUAAGACCCACAUCGACAUCCUCCCUGACUUUGGCCCCGAGACAAUCGACGGACUGAACGCCUUAGCCGCGAAGCACAACUUCCUCAUCUUCGAGGACCGCAAGUUCAUCGAUAUCGGUAACACCGUGCAGAAGCAGUACCACGGUGGUACUCUCAAGAUCUCCGAAUGGGCCCACAUCAUCAACUGCAGUGUCUUGCCCGGUGAGGGUAUCGUCGAGGCAUUGGCGCAGACCGCCCAGGCCGAGGAUUUCCCCUACGGUCCAGAGCGCGGUCUCCUGAUUCUGGCCGAGAUGACUUCCAAGGGAUCCCUUGCGACCGGCGCUUACACCUCUGCCUCUGUGGAUUACGCACGCAAGUACCAGAGCUUUGUUCUCGGCUUCGUUUCUACCCGCGCUCUUACCGAGGUUCCUUCUACCGUUGCCGCGGCGGAUGACGAGGACUUUGUUGUCUUUACCACUGGUGUGAACUUGUCCUCUAAGGGUGACAAACUCGGUCAGCAGUACCAGACACCGCAGUCGGCCAUUGGUCGUGGUGCGGACUUUAUUAUUGCUGGACGUGGUAUCUAUGCUGCUCCGGACCCUGUCGAGGCUGUUAAGCAGUACCAGCAACAGGGUUGGGAAGCCUAUCUGGCUCGUGUUGGUACUAACCAAUAA